AUGGGUCUCGCCGACUUCUUCUCCGACGUCUACUCCUCCAUGGGCUUCACCGAGGCCCAGGCUGAGGCUCCCGCCGCCGACGUUGAAUCUUCCACCCCCCAGGACGAGCCCGCCGAGAAAACCGAGGAGGCCUCCGACGACGCUGCUGAGGAGACCCCCGCUGAGGAGUCCUCCGAGGAGUCCACUGAAGAACCUGCCGAGGAAGAGGAGGCCGAGGCUGAGGCCGAGGAGGAAGAGGAGGAGGAAGAAGAGGAAGAGGAGGAGGAGCCUGAGGACAUCAAGCCCAAGCUUGAGGAGGAGUGCUCCCACUCCGCCCAGUGCGCCCCUUACAAGCACCACUACGACGAGUGCGUCGAGCGCGUCACUCGCCAAGAGGAAGAUGAAGACUUCAAGGGUGCCAAGGAGGACUGUGUCGAGGAGUUCUUCCACCUUACCCACUGUGCCACCCAGUGUGCCGCCCCCAAGCUCUGGCGCGAGCUCAAAUAA